GAGGAGUUUGAACCUAACGGGGAUGAGAGGGGGCGGGGCUUCUGUAAACAUAAGCAAUCGCUGUCCUGUGAGGCUCUGUGUGUCUGUGCUGCAUUCAAGGAAACAUGGACGUUCUGCCAGUGUUGCUUUUGCUGCUGUCUUCAGCGGUGUGUUCAGAAUGUGUGCGGUGUUUUGCGGGUUUUAAUCUGACCUUAGGUCAAUGCAGCAGAGAAGUCGGGGACGUGAACCAAAAGGAAUGUUGUCAAAACCCGGACUAUGGUUUCCUGACCGAGGACGGGUCGUGUCAGUCCUGUGGUGUUCAGACCUGGUCUCCGUGGUCGUCCUGGUCCCACUGUAAUGUCCUCUGUGGAGAGGGUGUCAGGCAGAGAAGCAGGAAGUGUUUCGGGGUCCUCACACCCGAAUGCCACGACCCUCCAGACACGCUGGAAACAGAAGCCUGCGACGGCACCUGCUGUGAUGCAAAGGGGUGGAGCUCAUGGAACGCCUGGUCAUCGUGUUCAGUCACCUGUGGAGUGGGCGGGGUCAGAAAGCGAGAGAGAGUGUGCUCCAGUCCUCCUGAUUGUCACUUGUCCUGCAUUGGUCUUCUAGCGGAGACAGAGCCAUGUCCAAAUGUGAAGACCUGUCCAGUCCAUGGUUCCUGGUCUCCCUGGGCUCCCUGGUCUGGGUGUUCUGGUACCUGUAUUGAUAAUGACAUCAUUCCACACAAAUCACGUCAGCGCUCCUGUUCGAGCCCCGCCCCCUCCACAGACACCGAACCACCUGGUGACAGUUGCAGUGGGAGCGAUUCCGAGGUGUCAGGCUGCACAGAGCUUCCCAACUGUCCAGUUCACGGAAACUGGGGAGAAUGGGCGCUGCCGGGUCCAUGUUCCUCAGCCUGUGGUGAGGGGCUUCAGAUGUCAGUUAGACUGUGUGACAACCCUGCCCCCAACUAUGGUGGAAAAUAUUGCGAAGGAACAAACGCUCGAACACAGGAGUGUCGUAGUCAGUGUCCAGUUCACGGGUUCUGGACCGGUUGGUCCGCUUGGAGUGACUGUUCCUCCUCUUGCGCCACAAAGGGCAACACUCCUAUGAGGUCACGCUCCCGCUCCUGUUCUAACCCUGCCCCCUCUUCCAGCCCCCGUGGCAAAGACUGUAUGGGUAAUGGCGAGAUGAUGGAGAAAUGUGCAAACAUCCCACCCUGUUCCGUGGACGGAGGCUGGACCCCCUGGUCUCCCUUCACCCCCUGCCCUGUUACCUGUGGGGUCGGCGCCCAGCACUCCCACAGAUCGUGUACCAACCCUGCCCCUCAACAUGGCGGGAAAGCCUGUGACGGAGAAGCACAUCAGCGCCGCACGUGUUCCACGGCCGUCCACUGUCCAGUACACGGCAGCUGGUCCGAGUGGACGUCCUGGACAGACUGCAUAUAUCGAUUCGGUGUGAACAAACCCAUCAACUGUAAAAAGAUGCAAGGAAAACAGAAUCGGGAACGAGAGUGUCUCCAUAGGGCGCAUAACGGAAGCUUUUGUAUUGGAACGGAACAGUUUGAGACGCGAGGAUGCUACAGCAUCGGAGGCUGUCUGUUAAAGGGCAACUGGCAGGGCUGGGGGGACUGGAGUUUGUGUCGACCCGCCUGUGGGGGAAAUCCCAUUCGCUUCAGGAGAAAAAUAUGUGAAAUUGAUUACAGCAUUUACAAUAAUCGAGAAAAUCGGAUCGCGUACCAUGGGAAACCAACGCCGGACUGUGACAACCUACCAGAGGGUGAAGUAGGAUUCGAGAGGAAACCGUGCCACAACGUGCCGCCGUGCGCAGUGGGAUGAAGUAGAAAACAGUCAUUCCAUGUUAAGGAAGGACAAGCUUAAAAUGCUGAUCGACUCUACGGCGCCGCCAUUUGACUCGAAGCAGCCACGUGACUUUUCCCUCAUUAAAAUUUUUAUAAACAUU